AGACAACCAAAAAAAGAAAAAGAUCGAGAAGAAGAAGGAACGAAGAACAAAACAGUCACACAAACUCGAUUUAUGUUCUGAAAUUAAUAGGGAAAGAGAGAGAGAAAGAAAGGAAGGGAAACUGCCGGAGAAUAGUGAAGGUCUCAACAAUUUUGUUACCGUCGAUUCCAUUUCCUCAUGAUUUCUGUCAGAUCUGAUUGAUUCCCUGUCCUUUUCAACUCACACUUCUUUCGCCGUUGAUCGGCGGAAGGCGACGGCGGUGCCGAACCCUAACCGCUUGGCCGUGAGUGUGGACGACGAUAUGUUCAGAUUCGAAGAGGAGAAGAUAAGGAAACGAAUUUGAUCUUUUCGGUUUCCUGUUUCUUUUUUUUUUUUCUCGCUUCUCUUUGCUUGCCUGAGGGAAGGGAAGGAGGAAGGGAGAGGAGGAGUUUGACAAAUUUUCUCGGAAAUUUGGCGGUGCUUUCGCGGCGGCUGCUGCUUUUCUGGACAUGGCCGACGCGCUGUCCGUGAUUCCGGCCAACGUGCUGCGCAAUUUGUCCGAUAAGCUCUAUGAGAAGCGUAAAAAUGCAGCUCUGGAGGUUGAGGGGAUAGUGAAGCAGCUGGCGGCAGCAGGCGAUCAUGACAAGAUAUCGGCAGUUAUCAAUUUGUUGACCUCUGAGUUUACUUAUUCUCCUCAAGCCAACCACCGGAAGGGUGGGUUGAUAGGUUUGGCAGCUGCAACUGUAGGGUUGACAUCAGAAGCAGCUCAGCAUCUUGAGCAAAUUGUGCCACCUGUGCUUCAUUCUUUCUCUGACCAAGAUAGCAGAGUUCGGUAUUAUGCAUGUGAAGCUCUAUAUAACAUUGCAAAGGUUGUCAGAGGGGAUUUUAUUGUAUUCUUUAACCAAAUAUUUGAUGCUCUAUGCAAGCUUUCUGCCGAUUCAGAUGCCAAUGUACAAAGUGCCGCUCAUCUGUUAGACCGGCUUGUGAAAGACAUUGUCACGGAAAGUGAUCAGUUCAGCAUUGAAGAAUUCAUUCCACUGUUGAGGGAACGUAUGAAUGUGCUGAAUCCCUAUGUCCGCCAAUUUCUGGUAGGAUGGAUUACUGUUUUGGACAGUGUUCCUGAUAUAGAUAUGCUGGGAUUUCUACCAGAUUUCCUUGAUGGUUUGUUCAAUAUGCUGAGUGAUUCUAGCCAUGAAAUACGGCAACAAGCUGAUUCUGCACUUUCCGAGUUUCUCCAAGAAAUAAAGAAUUCCCCAUCUGUAGAUUAUGGGCGCAUGGCUGAGAUACUGGUGCAAAGGGCAGCUUCUUCUGAUGAAUUUACUCGGUUGACAGCUAUCACUUGGAUCAAUGAAUUUGUGAAACUUGGUGGGGACCAACUUGUGCCUUAUUAUGCUGAUAUUCUUGGAGCAAUUUUGCCUUGUAUUUCUGACAAAGAAGAAAAGAUCAGAGUGGUUGCCCGUGAAACGAAUGAAGAGCUUCGAGCUAUCAAGGCUGAUCCUGCAGAGGGGUUUGAUGUUGGAGCAAUUCUCUCUAUUGCAAGGAGACAACUGUCUAGUGAGUGGGAGGCUACCCGAAUAGAGGCAUUGCACUGGAUAUCUGCUCUUUUGAACAGACAUCGGGCUGAGGUGUUGAAUUUUCUUGAUGACAUAUUUGAUACUCUCUUGAAAGCUCUAUCAGAUGCUUCUGAUGAGGUUGUACUGCUGGUUCUUGAGGUUCAUGCAUGCAUCGCGAAGGAUCCACAACAUUUCCGCCAACUGGUUGUCUUCUUAAUGCAUAAUUUCCGCAUUGAUAAUUCUCUUCUGGAAAAGCGUGGCGCCUUGAUCAUUCGGCGACUUUGUGUGCUUUUAGAUGCUGAAAGGGUAUAUAGGGAACUGUCCAAAAUACUUGAGGGUGAAGCUGACCUAGAUUUUGCUUCUAUUAUGGUUCAGGCUUUGAAUUUGAUUUUGCUUACGUCCUCUGAAUUAGCUGAGCUUCGAGAUCUGUUGAAACAAUCACUGGUGAAUGCUGCCGGGAGAGAUUUAUUUCUAUCAUUGUAUGCUUCGUGGUGCCAUUCACCAAUGGCCAUCAUAAGCCUUUGCUUGUUAGUACAGAUGUACCAGCAUGCCAGUGCCGUGAUACAAUCACUAGUGGAGGAGGAUAUUAAUGUGAAGUUCUUGGUACAACUGGAUAAGCUGAUUCGUCUGCUUGAGACUCCGAUUUUUGCUUACCUAAGGCUGCAGCUUCUUGAGCCAGGAAGAUACACAUGGUUGUUAAAAGCCUUGUACGGUCUUCUCAUGUUGCUUCCCCAGCAAAGUGCCGCUUUUAAGAUUCUACGGACUCGAUUAAAGACGGUACCUUCAUAUUCCUUCAGUGGGGAUCAGGUUAAGUGGACAUCUUCAGGGACCCCGUAUUCUCAAAUUCUACAUCACAGUCCAAGCGUAUCACAGAUCUCAGAGGAUGGUGAUGUAGUGGGGCAGGUUUUGGGAAAUUCUAAUUCUCACAAUGGGAUUAACUUUACUUCAAAGUUGCAGCAGUUUGAGCACGUCCAGCGCCAACAUCGUCUCCACACAAGAGAGCUGGCACAUUCACGCAACACUUCCACUAACACUUCAUCAGCAAAGGAGGUUCAGAGGUCAGAAGAUGCGCGAAGACCUGCGUCCUCAUCAUCUACAUCAACGGUAGAAGUAAAUAGGAUGCCAUCAAGAUCAAGGAAAGGCCCAGGGCAGUUACAACUAUAAUUGAAGUUUCACAAUUUCUUCUCUUUUUACCUCUUUUCUUUUAUAUUUUUAAUUCUCCGGUAAUAUUGGGCGCUAUGGUGUUUUCAAUCUGCCUUUGGCCUUUUGACGACAUGGGGAAGGAAGUUGAAAAGCCUAUUGUAAAAUUGUAUAUCGUUAGUUUGCCCUUUUUGUUAUAAUUUAAUUUAAUAUUUGAGCUAAUAUUCUUUUUCUUUUAAUAUGUAAACAGUGUAUCCCUUCCCUGUCCCAAUGUGGUUGUGUUAUUUUUUAAUUAAGAACCACAUGGGCUUUUAGAGUAAAACACUAUUGUGUUAGAAAAGAACACCUUUUCUUCC